AUGACCAACAGAGUCCUCACUGCAGGUCAUCCAUUGGCAGCAGUCAACAAAGGGUGUGUGGCUGGUGCCACGAUUGCGUCUCGCAUGGGUCAGCGGGAGAAGGAAGGGUGUCUGUGGUCCGGUCCUCCCGUGCAAGGGCUUCCGAGCAGAAGAAACGCCCAAGAUGGGGUCACUGUAGCGUGCCCUGUCGUGCAUCGCGCAUCGCGCAUCGCCAGCCACCACGAUGCCGAGGUUCCUACGCGCACCAUCCACUGCAGACGGAUAAUCUGGCAGGAGAUGGAUCAGAUCUCUCGGUUCUGCACAGAAUGGGUAAGCAGCCGAGUGUUUGACACACUCCGCGAUUUUGCCACGUUGAAGACAUCCAUGGUGGACACCGAACUAUACUCGAACCGGUAG